AUGUUGAGCUCUUGCAACCAUCAUACUGAGGCGGUUAACUGCGUGCGGUGGUCCCCUUGCGGGAGAUUUCUUGCGAGCUGUGCUGGAGACAAGACUGUCUUAGUUCUGCAUCUCGGCUACACUUAUGCCAACCCUAUCAAGACGCUUGGCAACAAGAACCUCAGCUACGAAGAGUGGAUUGUCAGGCAUUCCUUCCGAGGACACGAACUUGACGUACUGCAUGUAGCCUGGUGUCCGAAUGGGACUAGACUUGCUUCCUGUGGAUUGGACAACUACGUCUUUGUUUGGGACCUUCAUGGAAAUGUGCCUGUGGCAAAGUUGCGCGAGAAUGGAAUGGUCAAGGGAGUCUCCUGGGAUCCGAUCGGUAAGUAUCUAGCAGCACAAGUCAUCGGCGGUGAAGAAAAGAGCACUGUCGUCUGGAGGGUUCGAGAUUGGCAGAAAGAAGUAAAGAACACAGCAGGAUACAUUGAGGCUCCUGAUGAGCCAAUGUUCCUCAGGCUCAGCUGGUCGCCGGAUGGACAGAAUCUGGCGACAGUGAACGCCUUCAUAAGCAACAAGUACACCUGCGCACUUUUGAAACGCGAUGGAGGCAAAGAUGAUGACGCGCGAUGGGAGCGAGACGCUACUAUGCAAGGAUGGAGUGCUCCAGUGACUGUGGCUUCAUUCCACCCUCAGCUUUUGAAACGAAACAACAAGAUUGAUGCAGUAUGUGCCAUGGGAUCACAAAAGAGUGAAUUCACAAUCUGGUCUGCAAAUGGGCAGGGGAAGCCCCUGACGAUAAUCAAGGAAUUGUUCGACCAGGAAAUCUACGACAUAAGUUGGGGAGGAGAGAAUAGUUACAUCCUGACGGCAUGCAGCCAUGAUGGGACAGUGGCAGUCAUCUUCUUCUCUGCGAAGGAAAUCGGAUCUUUGGUCUUAGCCGACGAAAAGCAAAAGAUCUUGCGAAAGUACUAUGGUGAUCAGACGGCGAAUAGUGGUGAGCUUGAUUUACCUGAAGACUUAGCUCAACUCAACUUUGAGAAAUCUCGGCAAACAGAGGCGAAAACCGUGAACACUGUAUCAGUCAGCGAAAUGAAGGAAACAGUUGUUCGCUCGAAACAGGAGGAGACCAGAACCUCGGGUGGAAAGAGAAGAAUUUGCCCGAAAGUGGUUCAGCCUUCGAUAGUAGAAAUUUCCCCUGUACAGAAUUCGUUGCCUGCUUCCCAGCCAAUGCAAAAUGGCAGCACAAGUUCUAGCUUGCCUGUAUCAGCUGGAACAACAGUUGCAAGCUCGAGUACUAAUUCACACACUACGGUACAGCCACAAAAAGCAUCAUCUUCACAAGAGAAUGGGUUACCUGCAAUUUCUGAGAAUUCUACAGCAAGCCAGAAACAAUCAACUAAUAGCUUAUCAUUGACAUCGCCCAAUCCUACAACCGAAAGUAGUAAUCCAAGCAACACAGAGGCAAUCCAAAAUGAAAAUUCAAGCACAACUUCCGUAUCAACGUCAGACAGCAAGAAGCGAAAGGCGGCAUCUGGUGCAAAAGGCGAUGGAACAAGAGAUAAGAGACAGGCUCUCGCCGGACAACUUCCUUCAGCAGAUAAUGUAAUCAACCUUCCAGUUCAAGUCCUAAAACCCCUGAAGCACAAAGAAACGAUCACAUUGCAGAUUUGUAGUGGCAGCGACUCUCAGAUUGCUUCAAACGGACUGGGCAGCUCUUCGCAAGGGUCUCUCUACCUGAACUGCUCUCGAGCGGAUGACUGGAGCGUUGUGAACUGCGUGAAGGAAGAUGGCGCUGAGGUCUGGCGGGAUUACUUCAAGGAGCAUGUGACUGCUGUCAGUGCGAAUCGUAGGUUCAGCGCUGUUACCUGCAAAGAGUCAUGCCUAUACGUCUACAGCACGAAAGGUCGACGAAUGAUGCCAGCAAUAGCUCUUUCAGCGCAGGCAACAUGCCUGCAAGCCGGCAAGGGUAUGGAACCGUUCCUUGGUGUGUUGACUUGUGACGGGAACAUCCGAGUUUGGGAUGUGGUCAGCCAGACCGAGACUUGUUCAGCGAAUAUCCAUGCUGUGCUUCACGAGGGGGUGGAGGUUGACAACUUUUGGAUCACCGGUGACGGUCAACCGAUCGUGGGAAUGAGCGAUGGACAGUGCUACGCGUAUCACAAGGGUAUGAAGUGCAUGGUAAGGAUCGCAGAGAGUCAAUUUCGGUCGUCGGAGUAUUUUUCACACCAUCGGUUGAGCGGGGAAGCGAGAGGGGAUGAGGGCCACCUGCGGAAGGCCUUGGAACUCGCCAGCCGUGGGGUGAAGCCCCAGCAUCUCCCCGCCAUGAUUGUCAUGGACCCUCUACAGACCUCGCAGAUCACCUUGGCACAUGUGGAGACGCUCUUGGCCGCCUCCAUGACGCUCAACUCCAGCUCGGAGUUCAAGUACUGGCUGGACUUGUACGUCAAGUAUCUGAUCGACAAGGACCUGGAGAGCCGGCUGAGGGAGCUGUGCGAGAUGCUCCUGUACCAGUCCUUCUGCCUGAAAGACGAGCCCACUGGCAGCACCGGCACGAUCCUCGGAUACAAGCGCCAGGAGCUCGUGCAGGACGUGCUGAUGCUGAUGCGAAACAAGAGGUCGCUUCAGCGAUGUGUGGAGGAGGUAUCUCUUCUGCUGGAGGUUGGGACUGUAUAA